UGGAGUCUGCGCGCUGCUGAAUGACCUGCACGUCUCAGCUUACGGAAAGGAUGGUGGGCUCUUAUGUCUUGUGGCUGGCCUUGGCCUCCUGCCUUCUGACCCUGGCAUCUACAGAACAGCAAGGUGACAGAAACUUCAUCAACAUCCGUUCCUAUGACCCCUGCCAGAAUUAUACCCAUCUGGACGAACCAUCACGAAGUACAGAGUACACAGGAAAGGGCCAGCUGUGUGACAGGGACAUGAAUGGCUGGUACCGCUUCGUGGGAGAUGGAGGAGUGAGGUUGCCAGAGACCUGUGUCCCAGCGUACCGAUGCAAGACAGACGCUCCCAUGUGGCUGAAUGGGACACACCCUACCAUCGAGGAGGGGAUCGUCAGCCGCACUGCUUGUGCCCACUGGAGCAGCAACUGCUGUCUCUGGAAGACUGAGGUGCAGGUGAAGGCCUGUCUGGGCGAGUUCCACGUGUACCGACUGCAGGGCACCCCCAAGUGUAAUCUGAGGUACUGCACAGACCCCUACACUGCGAAGGACAAGUGUGAGAAUACCUGCCGCCCGGAGGAGGAAUGCAGCUUUCUCAAUGGCACCUGGGACUGUUACUGCAGACAGGACCUCAACAGCUCUGAUGUCCACAGUUUGCAGCCUCAGCUAAACUGUGGGGCCGAGGAGAUCACGGUGUCACUGGACAAGUGUCAGCUGGGAGGCCUGGGUUUUGGGGACAAUGUCAUCACUUACCUGCGAGACCGGAACUGCAGCAGUAUCACGCAAAGAGAGGAGAGAAACUGGAUAUCGGUGACCAGCCCUACCCACGCUGGGGCCUGUGGAAACAUUCUGGAGAGAAAUGGAACCCAUGCCAUCUACAAAAACACCCUCUCUGUGGCCAAUGAGUUCAUCAUCAGAGACACCAUCCUCAACAUCAAUUUCCAGUGUGCCUACCCACUGGACAUGAAAGUCAGCCUCCAAACUGCCCUGCAGCCCAUUGUAAGUUCUCUGAACAUCAGUGUGGAUGGGGAUGGAGAGUUCACUGUAAGAAUGGCCCUGUUUCAAGACCAGAACUAUGUAUCUCCUUACGAAGGGGCCGUAGCUGUCCUGGCUGUUGAAUCUAUGCUCUAUGUGGGUGCCCUCUUGGAGAGAGGGGACACCUCCCGGUUUAACCUGUUGCUGAGGAACUGCUAUGCCACGCCUACUGAAGAUAAGACUGACCCCGUGAAAUAUUUCAUUAUCAGAAACAGCUGCCCAAAUCAUUAUGAUUCCACCAUCCAUGUAGAGGAGAAUGGGGUGUCCUCAGAAAGCCGGUUCUCAGUUCAGAUGUUCAUGUUUGCUGGAAAUUAUGACCUAGUCUUCCUGCAUUGUGAGAUUCAUCUCUGCGAUUCCCUUAAUGAACAGUGCCAGCCGUCUUGCUCAAGAAGUCAACGUCGCAGUGGAGUAGUGGCUAUCAACCCAGCCCAGGUUCUAGAUUUGGGACCCAUCACUCGGAAAGGUGCUCCAUCUCUUGGCGUCGCGAAUGGAACCCCCAGCUCUGCAGGGUUCCUGGGGGCUUGGCCCAUGGUUCUCCUGCCUGUCCUCCUGGCUGGGCUGUUCUAAGAGCUCAGCCAAGCAUCUAGCCUUGAAGCUCGUGUUCUUCCCUCUGGUGAUGGCUUCCGGUCACCCAUCGGCUAUGCCGGUUCUCUCUCCAAAUCACAUAGACAGUCUUGGUGUUUAGACUCUGGGACAGGCUAGGUUUGGGGAAAGGGGAAAGAUUCCCUUGUUCAACACUCUCUGUGCCUUUAUAUUCCUCUUUUUCUCAUGGUGGGGGCCCUGUUGGCCUGGCCUGGCCUGAUUUCCUCAUUUAUUAGCAGGAUUUUGGAGCCAGACUUGCUCUGUGCUUCUGUGGCCCCAGCCUUUACCAGAAAUGUAUCAUGUGUUACUCUGUAACUCCAGAGAAGACGAGCUGUAUCACUGUGGGGUAGAGGUAGAAGAAAGGGGAUGAGCUUGUUAAAAAGACACCUCUCGUUGUUUCUUCCCAAGUAUACCUUGUUCUAACUGCUGAUGAACUGAACAGACUGAUCCUUGCUUUAA